GCUGCCAUCAUCCACCAACAUGCCAUUCCCUCCACUGGCCUUUAUCUGCUGGUGCAAAUAAAGGUAAGAAGGAUCCAGACCAUGCUGCUGUCUCCUCAGGCUGAAAGGAACUGGCAGAGUCUUUAUUCAGUGCUUGAAGGUUUAUUGGAGGACCAAUCACACAGGCAGUUAUUUGCCUUAGAGCUAGGUUCUGGAACCGGCCAGCAUGUGAUACGGUUUGCUCAGAAGAUGCCCUUUGUCACUUGGCAGCCAUCAGACAUCAAACAGGAUUUUCUGGACAGUAUCAAGGCGUACACUGCUGUAACCCAUGCAAAGACUGUGCUGCCACCUGUCCACCUGGAUGCCAGUGAACCGUGGGAGAAAUGGGCAGGACUGAAUCGUAACUCCUGCGACAUUAUUAUUGCCAUUAACUUACUGCAAUACAGCUCCUUCAAAACAGCCCAGGGAGUAUUCAGUGGAGCAGGUCAGAUCCUCAAACAAAAUGGCCUUUUGAUAACAUAUGGGGUGUACGCUGUUAAUGGCACCAUCACACCAAGCUGUAAUGAAAAGCUGGAUGAGGAGCUACGAAAAAUGAAUCCAGACUGGGGUCUUCCAGACAUCGAUGUGCUCAGACAGCUGGCCUACGGGAACGGGAUGCGUAUGGAGCGGAUAAUUGAGAUGGAAGAAUACUACAAAUGCCUCAUCUUCAGAAAACUCUAAAGAAGCGCAGCUACAUAAACGACAUUCACAUCGAUCAUCAAUGUAAUUCUAUGACCGUUAUAUUUAUAAAAGAUUGUUCAAACCUCUUAUUCAUAACAGAAAUAUGGCUGUGAUAAUGAAUGUUAAAUAAAAGCUGCAAUACCCCCCCCCCCUCCCCCCAUACAAGCCGAGGCACAUGGACAGUAAGAACCAGAUA